CCCGAGGACGAGGAAGAUGAGCGGGCCUUGGAGGAACUGGAGCAGCGCGAAGUGCUGGUGCUGGGGUUAGAUGGCUCUGGGAAAAGCACGUUCCUGCGCAUGCUGUCUGGGAAGCCACCGCUGGAAGGCCACGUCCCCACCUGGGGCUUCAACUCUGUGCGGCUGCCCACCAAGAAUUUCGAGGUGGACCUGUUAGAGAUUGGCGGCAGUCAGAAUCUACGCUUCUACUGGAAGGAGUUUGUGAAUGAGGUAGACGUGCUGGUGUUCAUGCUGGACUCGUCUGAUCGGCCACGGUUGCCCAGGGCUCGGCAGGAGCUACAGAAACUGCUGGACAGGGACCCUGAUCUGCCUGUUGUUAUAGUGGCCAACAAGCAGGACCUGAGUGGAGCCAUGAGUAUGGUGGAGUUGCAGCGGGAGCUGGGCUUGCUUGCUAGUUACAACCAGAGGGAGAUUUUCCUCUUGGCGGCCAGCAUUGCCCCUGCAGGAUCUACCUUCGAGGAGCCUGGUACUGUGCACAUAUGGAAACUGCUCUUGGAGCUUCUCUCCUAAGCUGGAGCCACCUGCUUGCUGCCCAGCCUUGGAGACCACAGUUCUGCUUCCUCCUGCAUCUUCCUUGCCAGCCUAGGCCUUGGGCAGGAGCACCGUAGCAACACCUCCUUUGUCCCCUCAGGAGCAAGGCCAAAAUCAUGCAGAAGGCUUCCUGAUGAGGUGGACUUUGGGGCAGGAGGUUUGUAAGGCAGAGAAGAGACAGUGACUGCUUCACCUAAGGCCAUAGUGUAGCUAGCUCCAGCUCCCCUUCCUACAGUGUGAUGCUCAGCGUGCUUAGUGCUCCUUCCCCAGGUCCUGUUGGCUGACCAACCAGUGUGGGUAUCACAGGUACUCCUGGGCCUCCCAUUUCACUGUUUACUCUUGGCUAUAUCCUACAUUUUCCAUGUGGGAAGGUUCUGGGUGGAGCACAGUAAAUCCUUGCUCCCAGGCCCUCAUCAUCCUCUAGCCCCUGCUUGGUCUGUGGCCUUGUGUUUCUGCCUUUCUGGCCCCAGGGCCAUCAUUUUUAAAGGGAGGUGAUUUCCUAGUUUUUUCUAAAUGCCAGUCCUGGCAAUGCUAAAUGAGGACCAACCUGAAGACUUAGCAAAGAAUACUCUGAACACCUCCCUGCUGUUAAGGCCUGGUCUGCCAGCCUUUAUUGACCACAAAGUGCAGUUCACCACACAGGGUGAAGGAGGGUUUUCCCCGGGUCUGGAGACAACCUGCUGCUUUUGGACUAACUGUGCCAAUGCCCAUGUUUACAUAAGUCUAGAGAAAGAAGGAACCUGAGUACCGGAACAAGACUGGAGUUGGGGGGAGGGGCAUCUUAUUUAUUUAUUUAUCAAAGGCAUAGGCCAAAGUUUAAGGUUCUGUUUAUAGGUGCUGUAAUCAAAACCCUAGAUUGUCAUAGAAAACUUGAAGCUUUGAGUAUUGUCUGGAAUCAUGAUGGUAACCUACAGGUAUCAAUGGAGACAGAACUACAGUUGUGUCCCGUGUCUCCCCCCUCCCCCCAUUCCCCAGCCUUGAGACCAUAACUGGAAACAAGUACUUCAAGGGAACCUAGUACUUUAAUUCUUCUAUAUGGCCCAGGACAUAGGACAGGACUAGUAGAAGAGCCAUCAAUGUGGCUUUGGGUACAUCAUCAAGCCUCUGGGAUCAUUUAUUCGCCAGCAAAACAGAGAAUGAAAUUCUGUGUUCUCUACAAUGAACAUUCCAUGACUGGCGAUCAAUGCAAAGACAGUCUUUGAUCUGCCAGGGCUGCUGGAUGAGAGAACACCUACAAACUAGUUUUCUUUAAGGCUUUUACACCCCCCCCUUUUUUUUUUUUGACAAGCUGUUACUCUAGCCCAGGCUGGCCUUGAAUUCAUGGUAGUCGUCCGUCCUCAACCUCCCAUGUGCUGGGAUUGCAGGAAGCAUUGAGCCAUCAGCCUGGCUUUCAGUUUGCAUUUUGAGAAAACACUGGUUGCCAAUUGCCCCACAUACAACCUGGGAAGUGGAAAGCUUCCAGCUGAAGUGAGCCUGGUCAUCAGAAGAGGACCCACUGUGUGCUUGGACUCCUGCCAUGAGAGGGGAGUCACCACAGACCAAUCAGUCUCACCAGAAGUGAUUUUCCUGCCUUUGUAUUAAAUAGUUAAGGAAUGACUUGGAUUUUAGAGUAUUUGAAAUUUUGUUGGCAACUUCUCAUCUUGUAAUUAGGAAGUUGAGAAACUUUGUAUCAUUGUUCUAAGGAUUCCACCUUAUUCUCCAGUGCUUAAAGCUUACCUUGGAACCAGACUUGUUGAGAGGAACCCUUUUUUCUGACUUUAAGCCCUUUGUCUAAUGAGUAUCAUCAUGUACAAUUGUCAUAUUCCCCCAGGUGGAGGGAUGAAUUUCAGAAUAAAGAGUUUCACUGUGUCUGUUGAAGCAGCUUUA